AAUAAAUCUACCAUGGGAGAAAGAAAAACUUACGUUGUUCACUUUUGCCAAAAAACGAAACAUUCAGACUUAUACUCACGGUUAUGCUUGCAGUAAGAAGAGAAUGUAAAGGAAUGUGUAUACAUGGUUAAUCAAUAAACCCAUACUUGUUAAAUUAAAAUGAAUUCACACAGUAUAAUUUUCUGACCAGAUGUGUGAACACCGACAGUUAAGUGAAAAAGAAAUGUAAGUUAUCAUUUUACUUGCGUGAACCUUAAACAUACAUCAAAAUGUCUGCCACAGUACCUCAAGAAAUGUUUGUAGACGAUACAAAACUACGGCAGAAGUUGAUGCAGUUACGUGAAGACGUACAAUACCAGGAUGUAACUGUUGUAGCCAAUGGGAAUAAAUUCCAGGCUCACAAGUGUAUUCUUGCAGUCAAUAGUGCCUUUUUCCAUGUGUUGCUAAGUAAGUCACAAAAUAAUAAAGGAAAGCAGAAAGAAGAUGUACAGUUCAUUCACUUGGCCAAGCUUAACUCAGAAGAAGUUGUAGUCCUCAAUGAAGUGUUCAAUUUCAUGUACACUGGUCGCAUAUCUAUUACCGAGCGCAAUUUUGUCAGGGUUUUGCGUCUGGCAAAUUACCUAGUAAUUAAUGAACUGCAAACAUUGUGCGGAGACUAUUUCCGAAACACGCUGAACAUUGACACGUGUUUGGUGUUCUACCUCAGUUUGAAGAAGUCUUCUCUUGAGACAAGUGCCCUGGUUCCAGAAACAGGCCAAGAAUGUGAUAUGAAGAAACUUGCGUGGGAAACACUGGAGGUCAAUUUCUACAGCCAUGUUAUAGGCACCAAGCAAAUCCUUGAGGUCUCAGUAGAGGACAUGAUGCACAUACUCUCAGAGGGAAUCUUCAAGCAUUUCUCUGUGGGCCGAGUGUUCAGCUUCCUGCGACGUUGGAUGGAGGUCAGGCCAUCAGAUAUAGAGGUGCUGACUACCUACAUCAACAUCAUCCAUGAGAAGCUUUCCUUCCUACAAGACCAGAAACAGCUUGUAGCUGACAAAGGUUUAGUUGAAGACAUUCACACAGUGAAGUCUUUCCUCUCAGAGAAAUGUGGCUUGCACGAUGAGGCGUCGAAUGCUAUUCUCGACGUUUUGAGCAACCUCGAAGAAAUAGAACAGUUUUUAGUCCCUAAUGGUGACGAUCAAGGUGGUGAUGAUGUUUAUGAAGAAAUGAAUGCUAAUGAAGAAAUUGCUGCAUUUGAUGCCAUAAAGGCAGCUGAUGCUAAGAAGAGUUUGGAAGAAGAGUUAGAUAAGAGAACAGAAGUUAGUAUAGAGGUAAACACUGAUAUGGGUGCUAAAGAUAUGGUGGAUGGAUCAGUUGCCGAUGUCACUAAGGAGGAGGAAAAAGCCUUUACACCAGAGGUGAAGAUUGACUAUCACAGUGGAUCAGACACAGAUGAUGUAGAUGUAGAUGAAAUAGUGGGUGCCAACUUUGCAAGAGAUAGUAAAAACUCUCAUGUCAGCAGUUUGGUCCACAACACAGGUGGCCAGCCACACAGUGACAAGUCAUUCUUGCGUAGAGUUGAGGAGUGUCUAAAACUACAGAACAUGGCACCGAAGGUGAGAACGCCUCGCAAGAAAAAGACACCGCAACGCCGGGCUGUGAAGCGGAAGGUUGACAUCUCCUUUGAAGAAGUUGCUGAAAUAAACAGCAAGAAAAUUAAAGUUGAAGUGGUUCAGGAAGAUGCACUUGAAGAGAAUAAUCAUGACAAUUUUGAUAAUGUUGAUGAUGUUGAUGAUCAUAAAGAAGAUUUUCCAAUAGAUGUUCAGGAACAUAAAAGCGAAUUAGAUGUAGUUAAGCCUGUCAAAAAGUCCAGAAAAGUGAAGGAAAGCAAACCGUCCAAGUUUACCACAUUGAAAUCACGGAAAUCUAGGCAAAGGAAGUUGGUCAUACAUAAGUGCACACUGUGCGACAAAAAGUUUACGCGGCGUUAUAGGUUAACUGAGCACAUGCGUUCCCACGAAGGCGUUAAAUGUCGCAGAUGCAUUGUCUGUAGCAAGAUGUUUUCCAGAAAUGACCAUGUUCUCCGCCACAUGCAGAAGAGACAUGGAGAUAUGGAGACGUUCCAGUGCGAUAUUUGUCCAGAGACGUUUUCAUCGAGCAACGACAUUAUUUCUCAUUUGACAAAACACAUGCAGAAUGAUGAACUUACUGAAGAUAUCUUGCUGAAGAAUUUCAACAAAGAGGAACGCGAAGCUACUUUUGCGAAAGUAGACGAUGAAACCGGAAAAAGAGUUUUUGGCUGCAAAACUUGUGAAAAGACUUUUACAAGGGCUUACAGACUUAAGGACCAUGUUCAUUCACAUCUUGGCUCAAGACCAUUUGAAUGCUCGGAAUGUCACGAAAAUUUCACCACAAAGACGGUUCUAAACAGACACAUGAAUAUAGUGCAUGGCAAGGCAACUUCGGUUUUCUCAUGUCCAAAAUGUAAGAGAAAGUAUUUGAGCAAAACUGCUUACAAUGCACAUGUGGACACCUGCGAGAAAAACCACAAGUGUGAUCAAUGUACUGCAGAGUUCUACACAAAAUAUCACCUCAGGGUUCACAUUGAAAAUGUCCAUUCUGAUUCAACCCACUCGUGUUGCCUCUGUAACAAGACGUUUGCAAGUUCUUCCCGACUUAAGGAACACGUUGCUACGAUACAUGAGGGCAAGGAGAGGACGGUGAAGGAAGUGAUAUGCGACGUCUGUGGCCUGUCAUUUAAAGGGGCCUUCAAGCUCAAACGUCACAUGUCGGUCCAUACGGGCAUCAAGGAACACCAGUGUGCCGAAUGUGGCAAACAAUACCUGGACCUUGCAUCCCUGAAGAACCACAAGUUGAAGGUGCAUGACAAGGUCAAGCCGUACGUGUGUGAGAUUUGCGCAAUGGAGUUCACUGUGAAGAGUAACCUGCUGCGACACCAAAGGCGACAUAGGGGAGAGUACCACUUCUUCUGCGAUGACUGCGGGAAAGGGUUUGUGGCCAACUGUGAUCUCACCAGACACAAAUUGACACACCGACCUGACAAAGAAACCAAGAAGCAUGCUUGCCAGUUCUGUGGGAAGUUAUUCACCAGAGCCUCUAAAGUACAGGUCCAUGAGAGAAUACACACAGGUGAGAGACCAUAUAACUGCACGGUCUGCAACAAGAAGUUUACACAGAGCGGAGAUCGGAACCGUCAUGAGACUAAGUCACAUGGGAUCCACCACGCCCCAAAACUGACCCUGUUCGAGAUGGCUAACGACACCAGCGAUCAAACGCCAACCAAGCAAAAACCAACCAAUGAUGAAAUUGAGUCCGCGUCAACAAAAGUGUCGAAAUCAGAGCCACAAAUGAUGGAGGAGGAUUACGCCAACUAUCAGGUUUCCCAGCAGUUAAUUCCUACGGAAACAGUGCGCCUCCCAUUCAUUCAGAAUGUGCCGAACAUUACAUUGAUGAUGCCAUUUAUGGUUCGUGACUUGGCUCCUGCUGCGAUGGAUCUGACUGGCGCAAUGCAUGAUAAACCACAAAAUGUUGUCGGCAGUUCAAAUAUGGACCCAAAAGUGUUUGAUUUCCACAAUGGAAGCUUUACGUAAACACUAGUCACUUUCCUAUACUAUGUUUUUGUUUGUUUAAAAAGCUGUUGUAAACUGCUAAAAAACUCAAUCAUAUUAUAAUGGUCAGUUAACUUACUCCCAAUUUUCCUGGAUUAUCUACAUUACCAGCACUAAGUGCACAUACUUACCCCAGUAACUGACAACUGCUGUAAUUUAAUCAAAGGAAGUGGGACAGUGACAUAGAGGCAAUUUUAUUAUCAAUUCGUACAUAAGUUAAGCGGUGGGCUGGUAAUCAACCAUGCUUUCCUCAGAUUUGUAGUUCAGUGCAUUACCAACUGAGCAAGCCAAUAUUUUAGAAUAAAUCAUUGGCAUAUAUUUCUUUUUUUUCAACAAUAAUUCAUAUUGAUAAUACAAUUUAUAGCAUUUCAACUCAUAAAAUUUUACUAUACUUUUUUCAUAAAUACAAUUUAUGAGAUGAACUGAAAUGGCUGUUGUAUAUAUGAAUUAUACAUUGUAGUUGAUUGUCUUCUAUCAUGAUUAAGCAUGUACUUACUAAAUGAAAUGAGAUGUUACAAAAUAUAUGUAUUUGUUUAUGUACACAUUUGUAUGUGGUAAUUGUUUAUAUAUAGAUGUUAUAACUUGUACUUUAUUUAAGGUGAAAGGUAAUUUCUCUUUGAAUAAUAUUUUUUUUUAAACACAUAGUUCUCUUGGCAGAUUCCAAUCUAAUACAUAACCAUUAUAUACAUUUUACGUAUAGAUGUUCGUUCGUAGUGAACAUUAUGUUCAUUUAGAAUGGUAAACAUAAAUUAAGUUGUUCUCACAAGCUGGAUUUUAAAUAUUUUAUUGUUACCGAAAAGUACUAACUUCACACAACUUUUUCUUCACUGUUUGUCAUUCUUAACUGUUCAGGUUUUAUUCUGUUUGCUGCUUAUCAGUAUCUAAGGUUUGGAGAUGAAGCCUUAAAAACUUGAAUCUAGUAAGAAAGGUCUUCAAUAAAAUAUAACUUUCUAAGAGACUACAAAUGCGUCAAAAUACGUAUCUAAGUGGUAAUGUCUUAAGAAUGAAAGUAUAUCAGAUUUGCAAGUGACAGUAUUUCUAUCUGUCAAUGAAGAUGUUAGUAAAGGUACGUUUUUGUCAUUGUAUGGAUGGGUGUUCUGAGGACAUUACAAAUAUGUGUAUUACAACUGUAUGGAUGAUCGGUAUAUGUUACAUUUCCUUUUCAGACUUAACUGUGAUUGAGUAAAUUUUGUUAAGAUGUAGUGCAAACAAAGUCGUGAACAUGUAGUGCAAUUCAGGUUUACAAUUA